AACUUCUUUUUGAAAUAAAAUGAAAACAAGCGUAAUGUUAUUGAAAUUAAAAAGGAAAGAGAACGCUUGGGUCACUUAGGAUUACAUCAAAUAUUUCCUAUACAACACUGUAGGCUGAAAAUUCCAAGCAUAAAAGGGGGAUCAAACAUUAUUAUGAACGUAUGAAUAAAUCUAUUUACUUAUCAAUUCAAGCGCAUAUGGUCAUCAUCUAGUACAUUAUUAUGAAAUGAUGUUUUCAGCAAUAAAUAAACUUAUCUCUCUGUGCUUUAAUUUAGUUGUGCAUACAUUGGGAACCUCGAAGGUUAGUGGAUAAAUAAGCAAAAAGAAGUCAAAAUGGUAAAAGCUUGUUUGCUGCUGUAUCUGUUAUUGACAUUAUCUUUGCAUAGUUUUGGAGAAGCAAAUGAUGUUUGGGUUGAAACAAAUAUUGAUAAAUUAAAAUCUAGUUUAUUAAAGAACUAUGACAGAUUUGCCAGACCUGAAGAUGCAAGCGUGACUACAAAUUUAUAUAUUAGUCUUACGGUAAUCCAUAUGGAAUUACAUGAAACAAAAGGUAUUCUAGAGACUCAUGCAUGGAUUAAACUGAAGUGGACGGAUAACAAAUUAAAAUGGAACAUAAGUGAUUACGAUAAUAUCACUCAUUUUCAUGUUUCAGCUGAUGAAAUAUGGACACCAGACUUAACAGUUUAUAAUAGUGCAGAAGCUCAAAUUAUCGAUCAUUUUGCAAAGACUAAUAAGAUUAUUUAUAGCAAUGGAGAUAUUUUAUGGGUACCAACAGCAAAAUUUGAAACAUAUUGCAAUAUGGACCUAAAGAUUUGGCCGUUUGAUGAGCAAAAGUGUGAAAUUAAAAUUGGCUCAUGGACAUACAAUUCAAACCAAAUUAAUUUGAAAAUGGACAUGGUUACCCCAAUCGAUGCUAAAUCACAUUAUAAUAAUUUAGAAUGGGAAGUUUUGAAUGGCACAGCAGAACGUCAUGAAAAAUUUUACUCUUGCUGUCCUGAGCCAUAUGGAGAUGUUACAUUUUACUUGAACUUUCGUCGUCGUUCGCCAAUGUUUAAAGCUAUAGCAAUUGUCCCAGCAGCAGCAAUUGUAUUUAUGACAUUAACAGCAUUUUGGUUGCCACCUCAAGCUGGCGAAAAAUUGUUGCUCAAUGGAUUUGCAUGCAUCAUGAUUUGCAUACUGCUUAUGUACUUUUCCCAACUGCUUCCUAUAUUAGCGGCUAGUUCACCUAUAAUAGUGACAAUAUACAGCCAUACACUUUAUUUGUUGUGCAUUUCAUUCAUCAUAUCUGCCAUAGUCAUCAAUAUGUCUCGGAACAGAAAGUAUUCACCUAUACCAACUCCAAUCAAAGCAAUACUUUUGGAUGGAAUAAUUGGAAAAACUUUUUGCAGAUCACAACCUAAUACUAUUAUUGGAGAUAAUCAAGCCGAAGAAUUAAAAAAGGCACCUUUUGAGGAAAAUGAUGACAUUCAGAUUAUUCAAACUAAUAUACGUACGAAAGCUCAAUUAAUUCAAAAUGAAUGGAUUCAUCUUGCAAGCAUAAUUGAUCGUAUUGCAUUUGUUAUAUAUGUUAUUAUAUUUAUUCUAAUGGGAUUUAUACACUUUAUUUAAUAUUGAUAUGACAUUAAUUCCCUUUAAUAACUCAUCUUUAUCCGUGCUAUGGGAACAUUUAUGAAUUUUUUUAUUAUGGUUUUC